AUGAGUGUUAUUCUCGCUGUAACCAGCGUCUGUGUUGCCGUCACCAUGGCAGCCCAUCUGUCUCUCACCCCAAUGCCCUCUAACGGGUCGUCAGCUGCUGAUCUCGGCCUGUGUUCACCUUGGUAUAGAGCGUCCGAGCGGCUGUUCCUCAUGAGCAAGGAUGUAAGGAUCCCGCCCGCCCGCGCCUCGCUCAAUCUCAGCGGUGUUCACCUGAAGGUGGCGCUGUGGUCGUGCUCUAACCACACUGACUUUUAUUUGGGAUCGCGCGUUCUCAAGGAGCUCUCUACGUUUAUGUACUUUACCUACACCGUCACGGCACGCUGCUACGGCUUCGACGGCAUAGUCGCCGGGAUUGCAGCGGGAGAGAUAGACAUUGCAGCGUAUCUGCGAAUCACGGAGCAACGUCAGAGAUUUGUCAGCUUUCUGCAUCCACUCGCCGAGUCCCGGUACAGCUUCAUGAUCCGGGCCGAAAGGGUGGGAGAAGUGGCGCCACUGACGAUACUCGCUCCUUUCCACUAUAGCACGUGGCUGUUUGUGUUCGGUUACUUGCUUGCUUGUGUAACGAUGUUAACGCUGUACGAGGGGUGGAGCAGCCGGGGUCAAGGGAGAGGGCCCGGCAGAAGAGAGAGGAGCUGGGUGGAGGCGAGCAGCAGGUACGUGAUGUUCAAGCUGGGAUCCGGGCUGCAGCAGGGCGGCACGUAUAACGCUGUCGACAUGCCGUCACGGAUGCUGGUCGGAUGGUGGUGGCUGUUUGCUCUGGUCAUCACAGCAACCUACUCUGCCACGCUG